AUGGAGUCAAAACCAAGCACCACAGUAGCGAAAAGAGUAUGGAGCAUAGUGAAAAUAGUUCUUUUCAUGAUAAGGAAAGGAAUUUCCAAAAACAACAAAUUCUUCAUGAUUCAUCUUCAAAACAUCAUAUCUAAACGUGGAAAAGUCGCAACUAAAGUUAUAGAAAGCAUGAUGUCCCAUCAUCAAAACAUUAACCAAGCUUCACAAGUUUCCUCCUACAAAGUCCCUCGACAUGUAAACUGCCCAGCUGUCUACGUGAGCAACAACAACAGUAAGCAGAAAAACAGUAAAUUUUCACUUUCACAAGAAGAAAUGACCACAGUUAAUGCUGUGCAAAAACUGUUAGAGAUGUUAAAUAACGAAGUAAUGACGGAAAAUGGCGGCUCAACUAUACUUUCACCUCAUUUACCUGGGUUCGGCUUUGGCCGUACUCCAACUGUGAGACAGUUUCGGAUUACGGAUUCUCCAUUUACGUUAAAAGAUCAUGUUGUUGAUGAAGAGGAGUGUCAACUGGAUGAAGAUGCCGAAGAAUUUAUCGAAAGAUUUUAUGCUCAAUUAAGGUCGGAGAAAAAUAGAAGUGCCUCAGAAGAUUCAUCAAGGUGA